CCACAACGGGCGCGCUGUUCAUCUACAGCCCGAAGCCCUACGUGCAGCGGCGCGGCAGCCAUGCCCAAAGAUGCCGCCAUGGUUCGGAUGGGCAUUAACUUGGGCUCACCGGAAGAGGAAGCAAAGGAACCACAAGAGACUCUGGCCCAUCGUUUUUGCGCCUUCGCCAUGAAGACGCUCAACGAAGACAUGGACCCCCUCUUCCAGAGGUUCCUUCCGAUGUUCGACCAAGACCAUCGGGAGCUGGUUCAGCAGGGUGAGACGCAUGAGCAGUAUGCGGCAUAUCGGGAAUAUGUGGGAAAUCUGGAAGAGCAUGUCUCUGACUUUGCGCUGCAAGAAGGGCCACCUGGACUAUGCUUCUCCUUUGGGGCUGCGCAGUCCGUGGCUGGGGAGGUAGUUUUCAACACCGGCAUUGUGGCCUAUCCUGAGAGCUUGACGGAUCCCAGCUAUGCGGGGCAGAUCUUGGUGAUCACCUAUCCACUGGUAGGUAACUAUGGUGUUCCUUCAGACGAGAAGGAUGAACUGAACCUGCCGAGAUGGUUUGAGAGUCAUAAGAUCCAUCUCAAGGGUGUGGUGAUCUCGGACUACUCCUACGAACCCUCGCACUACAGCUGCAUCCGCACGCUGGGCGAAUGGUUGGCCUCCCAGGGGAUUCCGGGGAUCUACGGUGUGGACACCCGGACGAUCACGAAGCUUAUUCGCCAGAGCGGCUCCAUGUUGGGAAAGCUGCUGGUGCAGGGCAGCACAGCUUCCAACCAGUUGGCCCUUGAUGAUCCAAAUCUGCGAAAUCUGGCCGCCGAGGUCUCGCGAAAGGAGAAGGAGAUUUUCAGCCCAAAGGAACCCAAUGCGAAGCUGAAGCGACAAGUGCAUGUCCUGGCGGUGGAUUGCGGCAUCAAGAACAACAUCAUCAGGUAUCUGGUCAACAAGCUGGGUCUCCGUGUGACGGUGGUGCCCUGGGAUUACGACUUCACGCAGGAGGACUUCGACGGUCUAUUCCUGAGCAAUGGCCCCGGGGAUCCCACCCAAUGUGCCCAGACGGUGGAGAACGUCAAGUACAUCAUGAAGCACCGCCCUUCUUUGCCCAUCUUCGGCAUCUGCCUGGGCAAUCAGAUCUUAGCCCUUGCCGCAGGGGCCACCACUUACAAGAUGAAGUUUGGAAAUCGUGGCAUGAACCAGCCAGUGGUGGACUUGCGAACGCAGAGGUGUUACAUCACCUCGCAGAACCACGGCUUUGCGGUGGAUCAGCGCACCUUGCCGGAGAGCUGGGUACCGUUGAUGGUGAACGCCAACGAUGGCACCAAUGAGGGCAUCAUCCAUUCCUCCAAACCCUGGUUCUCAGUGCAGUUUCAUCCUGAGGCUUGCGGCGGCCCAACGGACACGGAUUUUCUCUUCAACUACUUCCUGCAAUUCAUCGCUGAACCCACGGCGUCACCAGUCACCACCAUGCCCUAUUCCAUCCCCACCAGCUACAGAAAGGUGUUGGUCCUGGGCUCCGGCGGUCUGACCAUCGGCCAGGCGGGGGAGUUCGAUUACUCCGGCAGCCAGGCCAUCAAGGCGUUGCGCGAGGCGGGGGUGAUGUCCGUGCUGAUCAACCCGAACAUCGCCACGGUCCAGACCUCUGCGGGCAUGGCGGAUCGCGUCUACUUCCUGCCCGUGACCCCGGAGUUCGUGGUGAAAGUCAUCGAGCGUGAGAAGCCGGACGGCAUCUUCGCCGCCUUCGGCGGGCAGACGGCGCUGAACUGCGCAGUGAAGAUGUACGAAGAUGGAGUCUUUGAGAAGUACAACGUGAAGGUUUUGGGAACUCAGAUUGAUGCCAUCAUGAAGACGGAAGACCGAGACCUCUUUAGCAAGGUCGUCGAAGCCUGUGGCGAGAAGAUCGCUGAGAGCGCCUGCUGCGACUCGGUCAGCGACGCGGUCAGCGCGGCCGAGCAGAUCGGGUACCCGGUGCUGGUGCGCGCGGCCUAUGCACUCGGCGGCCUCGGUAGUGGAUUUGCAGACAACGAAGAGGAGUUGAGGAAAUUGGUGAAUGUGGCUCUGGUGAACAGCCCGCAAGUCAUUGUGGACAAGUCUUUGAAGGGGUGGAAGGAGCUGGAGUAUGAAGUGGUGCGCGACAAGAACGACAACUGCAUCACGGUGUGUAACAUGGAGAACUUUGACCCUAUGGGCAUCCACACAGGUGAGUCGAUCGUCAUUGCGCCCUCGCAGACGCUGACCAAUUCGGAAUACUACCGUUUGCGCCAGUGCGCGCUGAAGAUCAUCCGGCACCUGGGUAUUGUGGGUGAGUGCAACAUCCAAUAUGCCGUGGAUCCCAUGAGUUCCGAGUUCCGCAUCAUCGAAGUCAAUGCCAGGCUUUCGAGGAGUAGCGCCCUGGCCUCAAAGGCGACCGGCUAUCCCUUGGCGUAUGUGGCGGCCAAGUUAGCCUUGGGUCACGACUUGGUGCAGCUGAGGAACAGCGUCACCAGAUGCACCACAGCUUGCUUCGAGCCAUCCCUGGACUACUGCGUGGCUAAGGUGCCCCGCUGGGAUCUGCAGAAGUUCUCCACCGUGGACUGCCGUAUCGGUUCUGCCAUGCAGAGCGUGGGAGAGGUCAUGGCCAUUGGACGCACCUUUGAGGAGACGAUUCAGAAGGCCCUGCGCAUGGUGGAUGAAAGCAGUUUAGGUUUUGACCCCAUCCGCUUCGACUUGGAACUGAAUCGCCGCAACGUGCCCAACACGGGAGCCUCGCUGGAGGCGGAGUUGAAGAAGGAGCUUGCGAACCCCACGCCUGUGCGAGUGUGGGCUAUUGCCAAGGCCUUUGAAAACGGCAUGGGCGUGGAGGAACUUCAUCGGCUCACCCGCAUUGACAAGUGGUUCCUCUGCAAACUGCAUGGCUUGCACAUGAUCAAAAACACCAUGAGAUCCUUGGAUUUCUACGAGCUUCGGCGAAAUCCGAUGCUGUUGAAGGAGGCCAAGACGCGCGGCUUUUCGGAUCGGCAGAUCGCGCAACUGGUGACGGCUCCAGACAAGGUCUUAGACGCGGAGCUGUCACCUACCAUUUUGCCCGUGGACCAUGGCUCCCAGCGCUACUCCGGAGGACCUGUAACCGAAGCACACAUCCGACACCUGCGGAAGAAGGUGGGUAUUGUCCCUGUGGUGAAACAGAUCGACACUCUGGCAGCGGAAUACCCCGCAGAGACCAACUACUUGUACCUCACCUACAGCGGCGAGGAGCAUGACGUUGACCUGGCAGGCAGCGAGAAGCAAUGCUCUGAGCUGACGAUCACGGACCUGACCAGCGACAUCCCAGAGCCCUUAACCCUGCACGGCGGCAACGUGCCCACAGAGAGUCUGCAGAUGAAAGGCGACGACCCAGAGUCGCGCAUCAUCGUCCUGGGCUGCGGGCCUUACCGCAUCGGCAGCAGCGUGGAGUUCGACUGGUGCAGCGUGAGUUGCGUCCGGACGCUGCGCACGGUGGGGCACAAGGCCAUUGUGAUCAACUGCAACCCCGAGACCGUCUCCACAGACUUCGACGAAUCCGAUCGCUUGUACUUCGAGGAAUUGAGCCACGAGCGGGUCAUGGACAUCAGCGAGUUGGAGAAUCCCCGGGGCGUGGUUAUCUCAGUGGGAGGCCAGACGCCAAACAACUUGGCCGUGGGCCUCCACAGGUGCGGCAUCCGCAUUUUGGGAACUUCAGUGGAAGCCAUCGACGCGUGCGAGGACCGCAACAAGUUCAGCAAGUUAUGCGACUCCCUGCGGGUGGACCAGCCCGAAUGGUCGCAGUUUGCCACCCUGGAAGAAGCCAGGAGGUUCUGCAAGACCGCAGGCUACCCGGUGCUGGUGCGUCCCUCCUACGUGCUCAGUGGCGCCGCCAUGCGGGUUGUGACCAAUGACGACGACCUGGACCUCUUCCUGAAGACGGCUGCGGUGGUGAGCCGAGAUCAUCCAGUGGUGAUCUCCAAAUACAUUACCGGAGCCAAGGAGGUGGAGAUGGAUGGUAUUGGAAAGGCGGGGGAGCUGGUGAACUAUGCCAUUGCCGAGCACAUCGAAAAUGCAGGCGUGCAUAGCGGCGACGCCACCCUGCUGUUACCCGCCCAGCGACUCUUUGUGGAGACGCACCGAAGGGUCAAGAGCAUUUCCGCGAAGCUUUGCAAAGCUUUGAAGAUUUCGGGGCCAUUCAAUAUUCAGUUCAUUUGCAAGGACAACGAGGUGAAGGUCAUCGAAUGCAACUUGCGCGCCUCACGCUCCAUGCCCUUCAUCUCCAAGACGUACAAUGUGAAUUUUAUCGAGCUGGCCACACGGAUCAUGUCCGGGCUGCCUGUGUACCCCGCGAUCAUCCAGCCGAUGGACAUCGACUAUGUGGCCUGCAAAGUGCCCAUGUUCUCCUUCGGACGCCUGAAGAAUUCCGAUCCCCGGCUGGGCGUUGAGAUGUCCUCCACCGGCGAGGUGGCAUGCUUUGGAGUCAACGCCUACGAGGCUUUCCUGAAAGGUAUGCUGGCGGCCAAUUUCAAGCUGCCAGCGAAGAACAUCGUCGUCUCCAUCGGCCCCGUCUCGGCCAAGACCGAGUUCGUGAACACCGGGGCGGCCCGACAGCUGCAGGACAUGGGUUUCAGUCUCUUUGCCACAAAGAGCACCCAUGAGUAUUUGACCAAGCAAGGUAUCACCUGCAGUUUGGUCUACAAGCCCCUGAUCAAACGGGAACCCAACGUUCUCACCAUGCUCCAUGCGGGGAAGAUUGACAUGGUCAUUGAUGUUCCAGACUCUAUGGACUCAGACGCCUUGACGGACGGUUUCAAGAUGCGCAGGGGAGCCAUUGAGGCUGGCGUCUCCCUGAUCACGGACAUCAAGACAGCCAUUUUCGCGGUCACCGCCAUGCACAAGAAAUGGAUGCGAGAAAGCAGCGGCAAAUCCUUCUGGGACAUCUGCUCCUGGCAGGAGUAUGUGGAGAUUGUGGAGAGACUAAACUGAGUGGAUCAUUUAGUCGAAUCCAUCAGCUCUGGUGACUCUGGUGUUGGGUGAAACAAAAAACAGAGACUGGCAGCUUCCAGUCGGCUUCAGUUUGCUUGCAGUCUGUGAGAUUCAGGGCCAUUUGCUCUCGCCCUUGGGUCUCACAGACUUAGGGUGCAAGCAUGGGGUGGGGCCCUGGGGCCCUGGGGUUUGGGUUUUCGGCAGAUCUUGGAGAGAUUUUGCCUGAAGUUCUUCCUCUUUUGGACCUGUGUUCAAUGACCUUCGGGCCACUUUUGUGACUCUAGGCCCUGGCGUGGGCGGGCGGAAACAAAAUUUUGUGCCUCCAGAACC